AGAUGAUGAUAAGGAAACUCAUGAUUUCUUCCUUUUGACCUCAUGAGAAUUGUGGUGGGUUGAUUCCUAGGGCAGGAUUUAAAUUCUAGAAGUCUGUAGAUGUCAAGCAUCAGAAGAAGAGGGGGAAGGAUUGAGUGUCUUCCAAACAAGUUUGCCAAGAUUGCUUUGUGCUCCAUUCUAACAAGUUAUCAAACUUGAGGAAGACCAUCCUUCAUAUCCAGAGAAUGCUAUCCCGGGAAUCUGACAAAAUGAAGAUUGCUGUAUUGUGCUUGGCUCUUUUCAGCACCGCCUUUGCUUUACCGAUUGCUGAGCUACCAAGUGCUAAUACUUUGAGAAAACCAGAAAUAGAGAAGGGCUCUCGUUCAGCUGGUGUGCACCAUGAUGCCAGCGCACGAGAGAGAACUGGACCUGCACCUGUUGCAGCCGCACCUACUGCAGUGGAUUCUAUUUCUUCAGAUGAAAAUAUUGACAAACUGCAGCAGGGCUCUCGUUCAGCUGAUGUGAGCCAGGAUGCUGAAGCACAAGAGAGAACUGGACCUGCACCUGUUGCAGCUGCACCUACUGCAGUGGAUUCUUUUCCUUCAGAUGAAGACAUUGACAAACUGCAGCAGGAUGCUGAGACUGUUCCUGGUCACCAUAGCACAGACGCUCAAGAAAUAGCAACACCUAAAUUGAACUCAGAUGCAACAGAGGAUAGCUAUGCCCAAGAGGAUCCUCUUUUGCCAGUAGCAAAUGAUGACAGCAAUAGAGAAGAGAUACAUUUUUCAGAUGCGGAUGCUGAAGAAUUUGAACCUGAGGAGGAUAUGCUCUUUGAUGCAGCAAAUGAUCCAGAGUUCAGAGAUGCUGGAUUCGCAGAUGACACCCUUGAGAAUGAACUGGCCAAUGUGGAUGAGGACACUGACGUUCUAACUGCUACAGUACAAUAGGAGCCCUGUGUCCCUGCAAGCAAUAUCGCCAUUGGCAUUUCUUGACACUACCUACCACUGAUAAUGAAAAUUGUAUUUUCAAAUAAAGGAAGUUUGAAGUUAAACCUUUGACAUAAAUCACUUAUAUUCUUUUUUUCUGAGCUGAGGAAGUAGACAUGUUUCAUAUCAAUAUUUAUUUUCUGCUGCAUACAAGAAUGACUUUGAUUUCAGUUAAUAAAAUACAAUAUAGCAGGCUUGUUAAACAAGCAAAUUGAAGCCUACAAUGUUCAUUCUAAUUUCUGCUACACUAAUGUAACUUUUUGCUGCAUAGCCUUCUACUUGAUUUCCUGGUCAUAUUAAUUAUGAAAGGGUAAAAAAGAGAAGUCCACGGGUCUCUGUGUUAUUCAUAAAGACUAUUAUUUUACAAUGCUGUGGUUAACUGAUUUUAAUACUGCAAAUAAAAUCUGUAACAAUA